AUGGAUGCCUAUUAUGCGAAAACUGUAAAAGAUGGUUUUUUCAAAUGCAUUUUUUUCGCGGCUGGUACGAGUAGAAUGUUACCAUCAACUAAUAUAACGCGAAUCGGUGGUCAAGACAUAUUCGAUCCACACGAACAUACAUUAUGUCUCGAAUGUGUAAUACCGAAGGAAGCUGUGAACUCGAACACGCUGACAAUAAAUCUUAUGCUGAACCAUUGGCAUGGCUUUCAACACCAUGCUACACCUUCAGAGUGGAUUGCUCAUCAAGUAUGGUCACAAAAUGAUUGUAUUUAUCGCUAUGGCUAUCUGCAUUCAUGGAUGUUAAUAUCAGAUGUAGAUGAGUUUGUCGUUCCCAUGGGUCAAUAUCGUAAUUUUGAUCAGAUACUCGCCGUAGUUCCAUCAAACUAUUGUGCUCUUCAAGUUCUUCAUUAUCGAUUCAAAGCUUUGCAAAGUGUGGGAACUAGUGAACCAAAAUAUCGACUAAGAAACUAUGUGCAUCGUGACCGUCAACAUUAUUCACGAGAUGCCAGCUCAAAAAACUUUGUUCGGCCACAUCUGGUCCAUUACUUUUCUGUACAUCAAGUUACAAGAUCGGUCAAAAAUUCUCCUGUAUUUUACGCCGAUGUUGAAACUCAUGCAAGGCUACAGCAUUAUCGUAAUGAACUAAUCACACCAAGUGAAGAGAAAUAUUUUGUGAUAGAUACUAAUAUUUGGUCUUACCUCAAUCAAAUGAAGGACACAACAACCGAUUCUUUAUGA